AUGGGGGUGGAGUAUGAGGAUGUUGUGGGAGGUGGUUUAUGGGGGUUUGUGGGGUGUGGUGGGUGGGGGGUUGUGGUUUGGUGUGUGGUUAUGGGAUUAUGGAGGUGGUUGGGAGGUGUGGGUAGGGUUUAUGUGGUUGUUGAGGAGAGGGUUUUGGAGAAUGUUCGUGGGGGGAGUAGGGUGUGGGAUGUUGGGAGGGGGGGGGUGAGUGGGGGGAUUGGGUGUGUAUUGGGGGGGGAGGAGGGGGGUUGGUUGGGUUUAGGUGGGGGUUGGUGGGGUGGAUGA